AUGAGCUGGAGGACUGGUCUUUCCUCAAAGCUGAACGUCGCGGCGACCAAGGGUAACGUGUCUGAGGCCUCUGCCAUCUUCGAGCAACUGUGGACCGGAGCACAGCACCCCAGCGCCACGAUGUUUUGCAACACCAUGCUCAAGGCCUAUGCAAACGCAGGGGAUUUCCCUGGUGCCAGCCGCUGGGUUCAGGAGAUGCAUCGCCAGAGCGUGCGGACGAACACCAAGACCAUCGGAAAGCUCAUCGAGUCUGCAGCCAAAGCUGGCCAGGCAGAUCUGGCUCUCGAAUGGUUGGCCGAGAAUGGGGAUGCCGCGAAUCCGGUGAUGUUGGGCGCGGUCCUCCACGCCUUCGCCCGGUCGGCGGCCUGCACCGAGGCGGAGGCAUUCCUCUCGCGGCUUCCGGAGAAAAGCGUGCAGCCCAACGUGAUCUCCUUCAACACUGUCAUCGCAUGCUAUUCAGACAAGGGCCUCAUGGAUCGAGCCCAGGAAUGCUUGGGAGCCAUGAAGCGUCAGAGGCUACAGCCUACACUCCCAUCCUACAACGCCCUCCUGCAAGGCUUUGCGAGGGCCUCAGAGUCUGCUCACGCCGUGCGGACGCUGGCGCGCCUGGUCGAGGAUGGGCUUGCAGCCAACGGCAUCACUUCUCAGCUUCUGGUCAACGCCUUCACUCGAAGUGGCGACUGCACAACGGCACUGCUUUGGCUUCGCACGUUUGAGCAAUCCGGAAUUGCUGCUGGCCUGCGCGAGUACAACGUGCUGCUCAACGGCUUUGCCAAGGAGGGCCGGAUCCAAGAGACGAGGGAGCUGCUGCAAGCCAUGCGGACGCAGACUCUGAAGCCCGACGUGGUGUCUCUCACGGCAGUAGCCGAAUGCUACACCCGCCGUGGCGACGUCGACGGGGCCCUCGAGUGUCUGGAGCGAUUCAAGACCGAAGUGAGCCUGGACCGGGUCUUCUUCAAGACGGUCAUGAACUCCUGUGCUGGAAGAGGCCUACGCCAGGGCCGGCGACGCAGAGGGAGCUCUGGCCUGGCUCAAAUCGAUGCCGGAGCGGAAUGA